AUGGCCGCGUUCAAAGUGAUCAUCGUCGGCGGUAGCAUCGCCGGCCUAGUACUAGCCAACAUGCUCGAACGGUACGGGAUAGACUAUGAGCUUUUAGAGAAACACGACACGAUCGCACCCCGGCUUGGUGCUGGAUACUCAUUGCUCCCGCAUGGUUCGCGGAUUCUCGACCAACUGGGCUGCUACAAUGUGCUGGAGAAGCUCAGCACACCGAUCAACACAGUAUCUGGCUAUGAUGAGCAUGGAAUUCGCUGUGCGAAUUUGCCGGGAUAUGGGGAGUGGAUGGAGAAAACGCUUGGGUACAAGAUGCGGUUCCUAGAGAGGUAUCAGGUUGUGAAGGCACUUUACGAUAAUCUAGGUGAUAAGUCGAAGGUUCAUACUUCUUGCGCUAUUUCGAGUAUUCACUCGACAGAUGACGGGGUUAGAGUUGAGACAGAUGGACGUGUCUAUGAAGGUGAUAUUGUUGUUGGUGCAGAUGGUGUUCACAGUUAUGUCCGCCAUGAGAUGGAUCGUCUGAGAGAAGCCAGUGGGAGUUUGGGCCAAGAGAACAGCUUCGUAUGCAACUAUCGUGCCAUUUUUGGUACAUCCGUGGCGCCUGAAGGCUUGGUUCAAGAGGAGGCAUUCAAGGGCCACAGAAGCGGUCGCAGCUAUAUGUGCUCCCCUGGCCUUGAUGGGUUGAUUUACUGGAUCGCCAUGUUCAAAAAUGACGAGAAAACGAGAGGAAACUCGAUCCCUCGAUACACGGCCAGAGACCGCCAUGAACUAGCUGCCCGAUAUGCCGACGACAUUAUCAAGCCAGGGGCUACAUUUGGUGAAUUGUAUCAGAAGGCAAUAGCCACUUCUCUUGUGUCUCUAGAGGAAGGGGUGCUCUCAUGUUAUCACAAAAGGAUUGUGCUGGUUGGUGAUUCGUGGCACAAGAUAAAUCCUCUCACUGGUCAAGGAGGUAACACCGCAAUCUCCGGCGCAGCCUGUCUGGCAGAUGAAUUGAAGAAUCUUCUCGAUCGCAACGACAAGCCCAAUAAAGCCAGCAUCGAAGAAACCUUUGCGCGUUAUCGACAGGCCCGGGAGAUCGUCACCAGGCAACUGGUCAAGGGAGCGCACGUCAUGCAACAGAUGGAAGCUCUGGAGACGCCACUUCUCAGAUUCAUUCAAUUGAAACUCAUAAGGUUUGUAUCUGUUAAAAUGAUCGCCAAUCAGUUGAUUGAGGCUUUUACUUCCGGCAUACCUCUUCAGCAUCUGCCCCUUCCUUCCCGCCGAGGCACUGUGCCUAUUCGCCGCCAACUUGAAGUGGAACCGGAAGGCCGAACAAACAUUGUUUCAAAACUCUGGGUUCUACUGCUUCCGCUCAUACCAAUGGUGUAUCAUUUCCUGCUAAAGUGA